GCCACUUGCCAUCAACAUGAAUCAGAGUGGUGGUCCCUAUGGUCGCCAGGGGCGGAGUGCCCAGCCUGGACUUUUCGGCGGCUUCAACUCGGUUCCACCUCCUCAGGAGGUAUUCAAUGAGUGGAAGAACAUUUGGUCAGCCAUAAGUGCUGUACUGCUGAGCAGUGCAAACAAUCUGCGAUUGGGUGUGCAAUGGUUCGCCACUCACGCCACAGCGGGCAAGCCGACUCCUGGAGAGAAUCAGGUCAAGGGAUGUCGUAGAUUGACAGCUUUGGAUGCAGUGCUGGAUUUCUCGACGGACUCCGUGGACCUUUUGGUGACUGACUCUACCAUGGUUGUUGCAUAUGGCCUGUCCCCUGCCUCUGACAUGUUGAAUUUGGUCGAGUUGUGUGCUGGUGUGUCCUGUUCCAGUGUUGGUUUGACUUCUGCUGGAUUUCAUCACAUCGGUAGUGUCGAAUGGAGACCUAAGCUCGCCAAGUUGCAUGGUACCUGUCAUGCUGGCAUCCCCGUGAUCACAGGAGACAUCACGGAACCUUCCUGCAUCUGUCCUGCCACGGUCCGAAUUGCAUAUCUCUGUCAAAGCCCAGUUUUGAUUGUUGAAUGUGUCACCCAAGCUCGAUCCAAUCGUUUUGUGAAGUCCAUUUUACAGGCUAUGGAAUCACAAUUGGGAUACCAUUUGACAGAGAUUUCCCUUCGACUUGAAGACAAGUGGGCAGCACGUAGAUUCCAUUGGUGGGUAGUUGCUUCUCAUCCGGCCUUGGGACCCAUCCAUGUUCCAGAUUUGCCAAAGAGCCCUGGACUUUGCAUCCGUGAUCUCAUGCUGUACAGCCGCCAGUGGUCUUCCGAUGUCUUGCAAGAACUAGUGCUGACCAGUGCUGAAGAACAGCUUUUCACCCUUGAUGGCUCCAACAUGCGCGGUGUGGGUCGGAGCGUGUGUGGUGUCCAAGUUUCACCAAGUUUUGGACUUGCCAGCAAUUUGCCCAAGUCUCUGCUACAUGCAUUCAGAAGUCGCAUGUUCAUGUGUGCCAAAGACAUGUACCCCAGCAUCAUGGGCCCACCAGUCAACAGCUUGCCAGCGGAACCUUCCUGGGUUAGUGUCACGCACCCUGAUGGUACCUCUGUCCACAUUCAGGUAGGUCAUGACACCACUUUUGCCGAACUGUGCCAAGCUGAACUUGCCCUGACUCAGCAGGACCUUGCAGGCAGUUGGUGUGAUGCCGAUUCAGGUUUGCCGUUUGAGGCCAAUGACCGCAUUGCUGGCAAGUGCAUCCGAGUGAUUUCAGAAGUGUCCAGCCAUGUUGCCAGCACUGUUGAGUCUGUCCCAGAACACAUGCAGGUUGAUUUGCCCAAUGAAGCCAAGGAACCACAGACUCCCUCACCGUCGGCUGUGUGGGUACGGAAGUCUCCAUGUCCUGAUGGGUCCAUGAUUGUCUCUUCGGGGUCUGUGCCUGACAUGAUGCUUGGACUUUCGCAUCUGACUGGCGGUCAACUUGCUGCUCUGUUGCCCCCGUUGGUCACUGAUGUUGCCUACUGUGAUGUUCUGCGGCAGUCCCUUGUGCAUGGCCCUGCCAGACUCAAAACACUUGCCAAUGAAGGCCAAGCUAUGGCUGAUGAUGAAUUGACCUUGCACCUUCGUGCAAGUUUGCGCCUUGCUGGCCGUGAAGAUGUCCAACUUCUGGAUCCCCUGCUUGCCCUUGGAUGGAUGCGUGCCGGCGACAUUGACAAAGCACGUGCCUGGAUUUCGCAGUUCCCCGGUCUGUCCAAGAUUGUGUCAGCGGUGCUUGUCAAUGAACAUUGGAUUCCUGUCAUGUGGACUGCUGGCAUUUCCGAUGUCCAAGUCACCAUUUGGGAACACACCGACACUGAUGUGGAUUGUCUUUGUCCGUUGCAUGGCUUGAUCAGCGGGGCUUGGGGUCGUCCUAUGUUCAGUGUUGCUUGCACACGUCGCACCUUUGGUCGAAGUUGCUGUGGUGCUGCUGUGGUUGCGUUCUUGGCGUCCAAGCUGUUGUCCAAAGAUCUACCCCGCACCGAUGAAGAACUUGUGGACUUGCAUACUGACCUCAAGUGCAGUUUUGCUGCUGCCCUGCAUGAUGUUGAAUCUGUCCCCAAACCAUGGUGCUGGGGUUUAGGCCAAGUGGAUGUUUCAGAGCUCACCCAGGCGAUCCUGCAAACACAUGGAGUGCCAGCUGCCCAAGCGCCUUUGCGCGCCAAGCUUGUUAUCCAAACGUUGGGACGAACUGAGGUACAAAAAGCCUUGCAUGGAAUUGCCCCUUGGAAAUCUCUCAAAGCACUUGCCAACCUGCAAAGCCCACCUUUGCAGCCUGUGUUGCCGGAUGAGUUGAAUCAGCAGUCAGCAAGCAAGUCAGGACCAAAGAGCAAACGCCAACCGAGCGGAGCCAAAAAGCUUCUGCCUGUCAAGCCAGCUGACAUCGACCCUGCCAAGCUUGUGAUUGCCCCUGGCUCCUUUCGAGCAGGUGAUGAUGAUCCAGUAGGACAACUGCCAUGUGCCUCGGUAGGACCAUUGGCAUCUGGACUUGCACUUGCUACUUUGCAGGAAGCUCAGCAAUUCCUUGCAGCCGGCCUGUUGACGUCCCAUGGACUUGCGCUGUUGAGUGUCAACCCACCUAAUGAUCUUCAGACCAACCUCCAGUGGUCAAGCAUCCGUUUUGCCGCCCGAUGCAGCAUGAACCAAGAGCCGAUGAUCUUGCCAGGCAUCUUGGUGCAGCUAGGACCAGUGGGAAGGAUCAUGGCAGGAUUUCGCAUCCAGACCAGUCAAACAAUGUGUUGGGACACUUGCCAUGCCUUCAGACUUGCCGUCAAGUAUGCAAAGCAGCUGGAAUCACGUGUCUUGGGUCUCAGUGGAAGUCAUGGAAUCUACAUUGAGCCGAAGACUGAAGAUGGCCUUAAGCCAAAUGCAGACUUCCAAGUGGUGUGGCUUCCUCAACUGGACUUUGCCGAGGUGUCACACAAGGCCAAAUGUGAGGUGCACUGCCUAGGUCUAGCCAGGUCUGGGAAACGAUAUGGACUUCGUGUUGCUACAGCCCAGUUUCAACAGGUUUUCACGAGUGCCAAGCCUGAAGCUGUCUACCUUGCGCCUGGCAGUAGACGUUCAUUCGUGUGUGGCCCAUGGCCUUUCGGAUCCGAUCGAAAGGGAAUUGCCAAAGCCUUGCUUGCCAGUGGAUGGACUUGCCGGCCACUACAGCCUGCCCACCAUGUUCCAGGUGGAUUGAUGUGGACCAUUCAGGCCAACGAAGAACCCACCAGCAACGUGCUGCCCAUGCAACAUGGCCAAGUUGUGAUCUCAUGUCAAGAUGCCCAGCCUGCAGCCCAGAUGACUCAGGACAUCGUUGGCCACACCAAAACAGUUCAGAUGUGCAGCACUGAUGCCACAGGAUCUGACCCUCGGCUUUUGCAAGACCCUUGGUCCAAAGCAGUGCAAUCCAUGCCUCAGGCACUUAGUGCACCACCAGCCACCCAUGUCUUGCAUGAGAUGGAGCAACGUCUUAAGCAAUCGUUGCUGUCUAAGAUGCAGGCCACGAUUGAACCAAUGGAGAUUGACAGCCAAGAGCAUCGUCUGCAAGCCCUUGAGUUUCAGGUCCAGCAGAUCGCUGGCAGGCAGGGCCAGCUUGAGGCCACAGUGACCGACCACCAUAGCCAGCACACUGCCCAGGUUCACUCGCUCCAGCAGCAAAUGAUGGCUCAAUUGGAUUUGCAGUCCAAACAGAUGCAGACGAUGUUGACUGACCAAAUGUCUCGUAUAGAGACGAUUUUGUCCAAGAAAGCCCGUACGGAAUGUGAAGCACGUGUUCCUGGCCCAGAUGUGGAAUCGACCUGGUCUCUUGGGAUCUGUAAUCCAAGUGGAUUAUAUGGGAAGCAGGCCAUUUUGACCCAGAUCAAAGCCGAUGUUUUGGCCAUCAGUGAGUCUCAUCUUAGCAAGACAGGUGCUCGCCAAUUGACCACCAGUCUCAGAUCCCUGCGAUCUCCUUUCAAGCACAUGUUGACCGGGGCCCCCAUGGCUCCCAGAUGCACUGACAGCGAGGCAGGCCAGUAUGCUGGGGUUGCUUUUACCUCGACUGUGUCCUGCAGAGUGCCAGCCAUACCCUGGCCACCUGACCUCUACGAAACAGGCCGGGUCCAAUUCGGAUCGUUCAACACAAGUGCCUCUUGGGUCACCGGUGCCGUGGUUUACGGCUAUCCGGAAGGGAAAGUUCAUCCCAAUGCCAAAGCUCGAACAGCAGCCAUCCUGGAUUUUGCCUUCGACCAACUUCAACAUCGGCCUGGACCACGGUUUCUGUGUGGGGAUUGGAAUUACACAGUGGACUGUUUGGACCUUGUUCCCCGUUUGCAUGAUGCCGGCUGGAUCGAUGUUCAAGACCUGUUUGCUGCUCGGACUGGCUCUGAAGUUGCCAUGACUUGCAAAGGGGUGUCACGCAAGGACUUCCUGUUCCUGUCUCCUGAACUGGCGUUGUCCUUUGUUGACCUCUCGGUUUGUCAGACCACUUUUGCUGACCAUGCUGUGUUGGUUGCUACCUUUGCUGGCGGUACCAGACACCUUGAACGUUUCCUGUGGCCUUGCCCUCGACCUGUGCCUUGGGGGCGUGUUGCGUCGCUGUCUGAGCCUGUGUCUUUUGGUGUCCCACAUGACCCUACUGAGCAAGAUGCAUCUCUGUGGACUCGCAAGGAACAACUUGCGGAAGCUGCAUUGGUGGAUGAUUGGGUUCCAACCAUGAAAGGGCACUUGGUCUUUCGAGAUGUUGCCAGACCUUUGGCAGCUCCGGUUGAAACUUUGCUGCAUGAAGUCCAAGCCAAGGUCACUGAAGUUGAUGUGCAUGAAUGCGCAGUUGUGCUUGACACUCCUCAAGAUGUCGACGUCACCUUACCAGUUUGGAUUGCUGGCCAACCUCGCAAGGCCAUACAUGCUGAGCUUGACAAGGUUUGGUUGACUGAUGUUGAGGGCAUCGCACCUAGUGCCCGUGUUGCCCAGCACCAAGAAAUCGGCGACCUCAAAGAUGUCUUUGAAGCCUUCCACAGUCAGUGGAAAGAGCGAUGGUGCAAACAUGAUCAGUUGCCCUUCUCCCACUGGGACUCUGUUCUUGGAUUUGCCCAGCGUGUCAUGCACCCUGCCCCAGUUCCUCACCUUGUCAUCACCCCUGAACUCAUCCUUGCUGAGUCGCACAAGAAGAAGAAACGCUCGGCUACCGGGCUGGAUGGGGUAAGCCGGGAUGACUUGAUUCAGGCUGACGCCUGCACUCUUCAAAGCCUGGCAGACAUGUACCAGCGUGCUGAACAUGAUGGCAGUUGGCCGGCCCAAUUACUGGCGGGCAAAGUCCACUCCCUUCCCAAGACUGAGGCAGCCUCCACUGUUGGCCAGUUCCGGCCUAUCACAGUUUUUGGACUCCCAUACCGCACCUGGUCUAGCCUUCAAUCCAGACACCUUUUGCAGUGGGCUGAAUGCUGGGUUGAUGAUGGUGUCUUUGGCAACCGCCGUGGAUGCCAAGCCUCAGACUUAUGGCACUACUUGCUUCAGCAGAUUGAACAUGCCUAUGCCACUGAGCAGCCAUUGUGCGGCAUUUCGGCCGACCUUGAGAAAUGCUUCAACUGUAUCCCCCGUUUCCCAGCGCUGUGUUUGGCCGUGUUGGCAGGCACUCCAGCCCCUGUGACAACAGCCUGGGCAGGUUCGUUGGCCAACAUGUGCAGGCAUUUCAAGGUGCAUGACUCCUACUCCCAAGGGAGUUUGCCCAGAUGCUUGACGUAUACUGUCGAUCGGAAGAAGACGUUUGGUUGGUCCACCUGUGCCACUACGCGUGGCCAACUGCAAGCCCAUGGACUUCAGGUGCACCAUCAAGCCCGGGAAUUGGGUGGCCAUUUUGGGGUGUCCAGACAGCACACGAACCGCACGGUCAAACAAGGGAUUGCUGUCCUGGAUGACUUUUGGCCAAAGCUCUCUGGUAGCCGUGCCAGAUACCCAGCCAAAGUUUUCAUGUUGAAAGCAGUUGCUUGGCCCCGUGGGCUUCAUGCCAUACCUAGCGCCCCCCUUGGCAACAGUGUCUGGACGCAGCUCCGACGGAGUGCCACAAAGGCCAUUGGAUGGAAGAAACCAGGUGUUAAUGCUCACGUUCUUCUGGGCUUGGUUGAAGUUGGAGUUGUUGACCUUCGUCUUCAAUGGGUUUGGAGUCAGUUGGUUGCCAGCAAGGUGGCACAUCGACCUGAAUUCUCUGGGCUCCACCUUGUCAAUCCGGCCCAGACACGCAAAACCUUGCGCAGUAUGCAGCCAGAUGAUCAAGCGCUUUACCGGCUUGGACUUGCUGGUGGGCUCUUUACUGAGAGCUACAAGGCGAAGUGGCAAGACCAAGAUGAUGCUUGUCACUGGUGUGGGCAGCGUGAUUCCUUGGCUCAUCGGUACUGGGAAUGCCCACAGCAUCAAGACUUGCGUGACAAAUUGGCACCUCAAGCCCAAGACCUUGUGGACUUGCUUCCUUCUGCCCUUGCGCUCCGUGGCUGGGCUCUUCAUCCUCGUACCUGGACUCAAUGGAUUUCCCUCCUGUUGGCCAUUCCGUCCACUGUUCAAUCACCUUCCAUGCGUUUCCGACCAGGGGUUGCCAAUCAUGUUUUCACGGAUGGGUCGUGCUUUGGCCAAUCUGAUCCUCGCACUCGUUUUGCCUCCUGGGCUGCGCUGCUGGUUCCGGAUGUGUCUGAUGCUUGGACUCCAGGGUCUUCCACCGUCUUGUGUGCUGCCGCCCUGGCAGGUCUGUGUCAAACUGCGUUUCGGGCUGAACUGUAUGCUGUUGCGUAUGUGCUUUACAGUGCUUCGUGCCAAGGGACCGCUGUCUGUGUUUGGACUGACUGCCUGGGGGUUGUUAACCGGUAUAACCUAACCUUUUGGGGAAACCGAAAAAUCAACUUGAAUGGCUCCAACGCAGACCUGUGGAAGUGGAUUCAACAGUCAGUUGACAUGCUGGGUAGGGAGCGCAUCCAGGUGCGCAAAGUCCCUGCACACAAAACACUGAACAAGGCGCAACACAGGAAAGACCUCUGGAUGAUCUAUCACAACAACCUGGUCGACCGCGCAGCGCGGCUUGCCAAUCAAGCCAGACCUGCGUGCUUUUGGCGAUUGUGGGAGCAACAUGUUCGAGAGGUCGCAGCAGCUGAUGAGAUCUUUCAACAGGUGGUUUCAUUGCAAAUUGCUGUGGCACAGCGACAGGUUAGACUGAGUGCAGAUGAGGUGGAAGUAGCUCCAGUGUCGGCGCCCAAGCAGACAAGGAAGUUUGAGACGGACUUUGACCUUUGUGGAUGGCGAGGACAGCCCUUGCCAGGUUUAGCAAAAGUGUUUGGGCCAGAUCACGCUGCUCGAGCAAUCCAGUGGUUUUGCGCCCGACUGACAGAGGUGACUGCGGAUUCAGUGAUUUGGGUCUCAUUCAUUCAGCUGUAUGUUGACUUUCAACUUUGCUGGGGCAAUCCAGGCCCUUUGAGGGUGAACAACACUUGGGUGGACGUAGCAACCAGGCCUUUCCUGUCAGCUGAAUCACAUCCCUUUCGCAAUCGGGUACGAUGGUUUCGUCAAAUGAUCAAAGCGUUGGUGAAGCAGGCGGGUGUCAGGGCAAGCUUCGCCCAAUGCCGGCCCAGAUCAGAUGCUGUGAAAACAUUUGUCCCAUCAAUUUCGUUGCCCUGGGGCACCUUUGCCAUUCAGGAGACGGACGUGUGGUGA